AUGGAGCAGUGCCCUGAAGAGCAAUAUUGGGAUCCCCUGCUGAAUGUCUGCCUCUCCUGCAGAUCCAUCUGCAGCCAUCACAUUCCACGUCCCUGUACAGCCUUCUGCAAGUCCUUCAGUUGCCGCAAAGAGCAAGGACAAUACUAUGACCAGCUCCUGAGGGACUGCAUCAGCUGUGCCUCCAUCUGUGGACAGCACCCCAAGCAAUGCACAUAUUUCUGUGAGAACAAUUUCAGGAGCCAAGUGGCCCUCCAACCAGAGCUCAGGAGACAGAAGACCAGGAAGGCUGAAACAAGAUACCAUGGAUCAGAGCACAAAGGCUUGGAAGCAGGUCCAGCGCCCCCAGGGCUGAAGCUGAGUGCAGAUCAGCGGGCCCUGGUCUACAGCACGCUGGGGCUCUGCCUUGGCACCAUCCUCUGCUGCCUCCUGCUGGCCGUGGUCUGCUGCCUCAAGAGGAGGGGAGACCAGUCCUCUUGCCAAGACACCCCAGGCCUACGUCAGACCCAGGCCACAUCUUCCAAGGGUCACAGGAUGGAUGCCGGGCCACAGGAGCCGGUGGAGACCUGCAGCUUCUGCUUCCCCAAGUGCAGGGCACCCACCCAGGAGAGCGUGGGUGCCCCUGGGUCCCCCGGCCCCAUGCAUGCUGGGAGGUGUGGGCACCUGGGCCCUACCAUGGCCAGAGGGCCCUGCGGGGGGUCCCCAGACAGCAGCCUGCAGGCUGUGUGCUCACCCACCCAAGAGGGGGGCCCGGCUGGGUAA